AUGGAGGGAAGCAGCCGCCGCGCCGGCAGCGCGAGGGCGUCGCUCAAGGUGGUGCUGCUCCACGGCAGCCUCGACAUCUGGGUGCGCGACGCGGGGGGCCUCCCCGACAAGGGCGUGCUCUACAAGAAGUUCGGCGACCUCCUCGGCCUGCACAUCGUCAGCUCCGUCGCCGGCAAGGUGCCCAGCGCCUCGAUGACCAGCGACCCCUACGUCACCGUCCAGGUCUCCGCCGCCACCGUCGCCCGCACCUACGUCGUGCCCAACAGCGAGGACCCCGUGUGGGCGCAGAACUUCGUGGUGCCCGUCGGCCACGAGGCGGCCGAGGUCCACUUCGCCGUCAAGGACAACGACGUCUUCGGCGGCCAGGUCAUCGGCGCGGCGGCCAUCCCAGCCGAGCAGCUCCUCUGCGGGGACAGGAUCGAGGGCGCCUAUCCUCUGCUGGAUCCCAAUGGCAAGCCGUGCGCUCCCGGCGCGGUGCUGCGGCUCUCCAUACAGUACACCCCGGUGGCUCGCCUCACAGCGUACCACCGUGGUGUCGCUGCUGGGCCGGACAGCCAUGGAGUGCCAAAUGCAUACUUUCCUCUGCGCCGUGGCAUGAGGGUGACCCUCUACCAGGAUGCACAUGUGCCGGAGGGCUGUCUCCCGGACAUCCGGCUUGACAAUGGGCUCCAAUACCAACAUGGGCAAUGUUGGCGCGACAUGUACACCGCCAUAAUCCAGGCACGGCGGCUGAUUUACAUCGCCGGCUGGUCGGUGUUCCACACCAUUCGGCUCGUGAGGGACGGGGCCAAGGAGGUGCCGUCACUUGGGGACCUGCUGAAGAUGAAGUCACAGGAAGGGGUAAGGGUGUUGCUUCUUGUUUGGGACGAUCCAACAUCGGAGACUAUCAUCGGCAGAACGGAUGGAUAUAUGCGAACACGAGAUGAGGAAACACGUAGAUUCUUCAAGCACUCUCCGGUUCAAAUAUUGCUUUGCCCAAGAUCUGCUGGGAAACGUCACAGCUGGGUGAAACAGAAGGAAACAGGAACAACAUAUAGUCAUCAUCAGAAAACAGUUAUCGUGGAUGCUGAUGCUGGUGGUAAUAGGAGAAAAAUAAUUGCUUUUAUUGGAGGCCUUGAUUUGUGUGGUGGACGCUACGAUAUACCUGGGCACCCUCUGUUUCGGACUCUUCAAACUUUGCACAAGGAGGAUUAUCACAAUCCAAACUUUGCUGUGGUUGAUGCUCGUGGCCCAAGGGAACCAUGGCAUGACUUGCAUUCAAAAAUCGACGGUCCAGCAGCUUAUGACGUUCUAAAGAAUUUUGAGGAGCGUUGGUUGAAGGCAUCGAAACGCCAUGGUAUUAAGAAGUUUGGAAAAUCAUAUGAUGAAGCACUUCUCAGGAUUGAAAGAAUACCUGAUAUCAUAAACAUUAGCGACACAUUAUAUUUUAGCGAUAACGAUCCUGAGGCAUGGCAUGUUCAGGUGUUUCGAUCUAUUGAUUCCAACUCUGCCAAAGGAUUUCCAAAGGAUCCACGAGAAGCAACCAGAAAGAAUCUUGUUUGUGGAAAGAAUGUACUAAUUGAUAUGAGCAUACACACAGCUUAUGUGAAUGCCAUCCGGGCAGCCCAACACUUUAUUUAUAUUGAGAAUCAGUACUUCAUAGGUUCUUCAUUCGAUUGGGAUUCAAACAAAGAUAUUGGGGCUAACAAUCUAGUACCAAUUGAAAUUGCUCUCAAAAUCGCAACCAAAAUUAAGGUGAACCAGAGGUUCUCUGCAUACAUAGUGCUUCCUAUGUGGCCUGAGGGUAAACCAACUGGUCACAUAGCACAAAGAAUUCUUUACUGGCAGAACAAAACAAUGCAAAUGAUGUACAAGAUAAUAUAUAGAGCCUUGAAAGAGGCAGGUUUGGAUGAUGUAUAUGAGCCUCAGGAUUAUUUGGUCUUCUUUUGUCUUGGCAAUCGUGAAGCUUCUGACAGUCCUAGCGCUUCAAGCACAGCAGAUAGUCCUCAGGAACAAGCUAGGAAAAAUAGGAGGUUCAUGCUGUAUGUACAUUCAAAGGGCAUGAUUGUGGACGAUGAAUAUGUGAUAAUUGGAUCAGCUAAUAUCAACCAGAGGUCCAUGGAAGGAACCAGAGAUACUGAGAUUGCUAUGGGAGCGUAUCAACCACAGUACACCUGGGCAAAUAAAAUUUCUGCCCCUCGUGGACAGGUUUACGGGUACAGAAUGUCGCUCUGGGCUGAGCAUAUCGGAGCUAUCGAGGAAGACUUCAACCAUCCAGAGAGCAUAGAGUGCAUGAGGCGGGUUCGACAUCUCGGGGAACAUAACUGGGAUCAGUUCGUUGCCAAUGAGGUGACUGAGAUGAGAGGGCACCUCUUGAAGUACCCUGUAAGUGUUGACCGUGAAGGCAAGGUGAAACCCUUGCCAGGAUGCACGACAUUCCCAGACAUGGGCGGGAACAUUUGUGGCUCUGUCCCCUUUACACUCAUCCAUGAUAACCUCACAAUAUGA